AGGAUUAAAUAAGGGCUUCCCAAUUUCUCAUCGUUUCUCGUCUCAUGACUUGUGUUUCCCUUCUCUCUGCUUCAACUGUUACAGCAACAACCAGAAGAAGAAGAACAAGAAGGACCCAGUUGAGAUGAGAUCUCCGCCGCCGCCGCCGUCGCCGUCGUCCCUUAGGAAAGUAGGAACCCCGUCUCGAAUGCCGUCUGCCCCUCAUUUCCAAUCCACCGUGUCCGUACAGAAGCUUCGACUCUUCAACACGCUUAUACUGGUCUUCCGCCUCUCCUCUUUCUGCUUCUCUCUUGCUGCUGCCAUCUUUAUGCUUACUAACUCCCAUGGUUCUGGUUCCCCCAGCUGGAGCGACUUCGAAGCUUUCAGGUUUUUGCUAGCUGCAAACGCAAUUGUCGCCCUGUAUUCGUUUGCAGAGAUGGGAGCUUCGAUUUGGGAGAUUCUUAAAGGCACCACUUUGUUCCCGGAGACCGUACAGGUCUGGUUUGAUAUCGGUCACGAUCAGGUUUUCGCGUACCUGCUAUUGUCGGCGAACGCUGCGGGAACGGCAUUGGUCAGGACGUUCAGAGGAGAAACUUGUACGGCGGUGAACACGUUUUGUGUCCAAUCCUACAUCUCCAUUGCCCUGGGCUUCGUGGGCUUCCUCUUUCUAGGAUUCUCUUCGCUGCUCUCUGGUUUCCGGGUCGUUUCCUUCAUCAUCAAAGGCUCUCGUUUUCAUCUCUAGACUUUUCCUUAGCUCUUUAUCUUUCUCCUCUCUUUCUUCCAUUACUGUCAACCAACCAGCAUUCAUUGUGUACUGUAGAAUGGUAAAGAGACUCAGAUGUUUGAACCCUUUUAAUAACCAUACAUGGAGAGGAGAUCAUCUACCAGGUUUCUCCAUUGGAUGGAAUUGGAUUCGAAUCUAUAUCGGCUGAUUGAUCCUAAUUUUUGAUCGA